AUGGUAAACAAGACGGAACUCGAUUCGAGCUUGCUGGAUCUCCCGCUACCACAACUUACCAAAACAACGAUAACCAGCGAGUACUGGGCCUCUCAGCACCAAGAUCAACAUCUCAACAGCGUGGACUUUGACCUGCAAUCCUUUUGGACAUACUACAACAAAGAAUGCGUCAGAGCCCUCCAUAACGGAGGACGAUACGUGGCUCUGAGAUCACACCGUGAUGUGGUCGAUUGCAUCCGCAAACUCAAGAGCGGGAUGCUGCGCCAUGAUAUCAAGGAGGAGCUGAGAGAUAAACUCACAACGCUUCACGACAAUGAAGACGAAAUGCUCAACAACUCAAUAGACUUGGCCGCCAGUCUUCUUUUAAUGAUGAGCUUCUGCAGCUUCGCGUACGGCUUCUCUGGUAGAAGCCAUCUCCGUUGGAGUCAUGGGUCCCUGGAGAGCUUUGUAUCAACUUACUUUGACCCUGGAGCUUCCCAGCUGGCCAAGGAGAAUGUCAAGAUGGAAAAGAUAUUCACGGCACACAACCUGUGUCGCAUCGCAGGGCUGGAUAUCGUUUGGACUGAUAACUUGGUAGAUCAUCUUCGAUUGACUGAUGACGAUCAACGUGUACACAUCUUCCAUCAUGCUUCUUUCCUAUAUGUCCAACAACAGAGUGUCGACUCCCUACUACCCAAAGGCCUCGCGGACGAGACUUUGCAGACAUUAGCACUCCUCUUCCCAUCCUCAGACGUGGAAACAAGAAAGUGGUUCUCCCAGCUAUCUGACGCUGGUCUUGACAAACGAGUCAUUCAGUGUGGACAACUCAAAACGGACCAUCGACAAACUGAAAGGUUUAGAUUUUGGAAUGAUCGUCUUGUCGUGUUGAAGCAGGUCUUUGACGAAGCACAGCCAAAAUCAUUAUCGCAAUGGUGGCAUGAUAGACGGAACGGCGUCCAAUGGUACCGCUCCUCGAUAGCAACUCUUCUCAACGUAUAUUGUCCUCCGCUAAUACUAGUCUCAUCAACAGGUACACAUUCUGGGUAG